AUGUCGCUAAAACAGGAAAUCGAGACAUGGGUCGAGGCCCUGAAAUUCUACGACAACAAUGAGUUCGACGAGGCGCUCGCGUCGUUUGACAAGGUCUCGGACACCUCCAAGAUUCUGUUCAACAUGGGCGUCAUCAAUGCCACCCUUGGACAGCACGAGCAAGCAGUCGAGUGCUAUCAACGUGCCCUCAAGCUCGAUCAGUACCUCGCCGUAGCGUACUUCCAACAAGGAGUUUCCAACUUUCUAAUCGGCGAUUUCGAAGAAGCAUUAGCCAAUUUCAACGACACGCUCCUCUACCUCCGUGGCAAUUCAUUGAUCGACUAUUCGCAGCUAGGGCUGCUCUUCAAGCUCUACUCAUGCGAGGUCCUGUUCAACCGUGGUCUGUGUUACAUCUACCUGGAGCAGAUGGAAGCCGGUAUGCAGGAUUUGGAGUAUGCGAUGAAGGAGAAGGUGGUGGAGGACCACAACGUGAUUGAUGAUGCGAUCAGGGCUAAGGCCAAGGACUACACCGUCUUCUCAAUCCCCGUGGGCGUCGUCUACAGGCCAAACGAGGCCAAGGUGCGUAACUUGCAACAGAAGGACUACCUCGGGAAGGCACGGUUGGUAGCUGCUUCAGAUCGCAACAAUGCCUUCACGGGCUUUUCUGGCACUGAGCUAAACAAAGCGAUUACCGUUGAGGCCAAAGAUGACAGGCCAGCUGAAUCCCUCUCCUUUGCUGCGAGCAAUCUCGUCAAGCCUGGUCUCCAGAGCAGGAGACAACAAUCCGAGCCGCCAGGUAGCCGCAACGUCUUCCCCCCAACGCCACCUCCCGAGAAUGACAAGCCUGCGCCCAUGAGCCGCGGGCAGUCGGUACGAAAUGGGCCCAAGCCUAUCCCGAGCAGACUAAAUCUGGAGAAAGUCCGGUCCAACGAGCGCUACGAUAAAACGUCACCUGAGGAUGGGCGGCCACGGCCGACACGCUCUGCUUCGGCUGCGCCAUCUCGCGGCUUCUCCCAGCGCGACCCACCGCCGCGCCGAAGGAGGGACGAGGAAGAGGACGCUUACCCGGACGACGUCUACGACAUGUACGGCGACGGUGGCGGCUCCCGGGCUAGCAGGUCGCAAAGGGGCGGCGGCGGCCGGACUCGAGAACGAUAUAUUGAGGAAGAGGACGAGGACGGCUCCGACUACGACGACGCUUCGUUUGAUGAAGGCGAGUUUGAAAUGGUGUCGAACCGUCGGCCGGGACCGGGCUCGGUUGUGUCGGGUGGGUCGAAGAGGGGUUCGUCGAGACGGGACGCUCUCCGCACCAUCCGUGUCAAGGUGCACGCCGACGACGUGCGCUAUAUCGUGGUUGGCCCCGCCAUCGAAUUCCCGGAUCUCGUUGAGCGGAUCCAGGACAAAUUUGGCCUACGCCGCAGAUUUAAGAUCAAAGUCAGAGAUGAUGAUUCACCCGAGGACAUGAUCACGAUGGGUGACCAGGAUGACCUCGACAUGGUCAUGAUGGGCGUCAAACAAGUCGCGAGAAAGCAGAGGACGGAGACGGGAAAGAUGGAGGUUUGGAUUCAGGAAAUAUAA